GACAGAAAUCAUUAUUUAUCUUGAGUCAAGACGAAGUCAAUUCUUAAAUGUUCUUAUCUAUAUAUAUAAUAUAUUUUACUUUUCUCUUGUAGUCGCAGCAUAGAAGUUUAGAAAAAUUAAGCUACAGAUGGGAAGAGCUCCGUGUUGUGACAAAGCGAACGUGAAAAGAGGUCCAUGGUCUCCUGAAGAAGAUGCCAUUCUUAAGAAUUUUCUGGAAAAGCAUGGAGCUGGUGGCAACUGGAUUGCUUUGCCUCAUAAAGCUGGACUGAAGCGCUGUGGAAAGAGCUGUCGUCUGCGGUGGCUGAAUUAUCUGAGACCAGAUAUUAAGCAUGGUGGAUUUACUGAGGAAGAAGACAGCAUCAUAUGCACUCUUUACAGUACCAUAGGAAGUAGGUGGUCUUUUAUAGCUUCCCAACUACCAGGACGAACAGACAAUGAUAUAAAAAACUACUGGAAUACCAAGUUGAAGAAGAAGCUAUCGGCAGCCAACGGUGGUAUAAUCUCAAACAAUUCCACACAAAUUUCUGCCACAAUUCCUGAAGAUGAAUCCUUUCAUUAUGGGAAUGCAAGUUCCUCUGCAUUGGCUGGUACAACAGGCAUGGCUUGGCAGCAGCAAAAUCCUGAGCAUCAAGGGAUUUUUUUGGACUCAUCAACUGAUCAAGCUCCAUUUCCAGGGCUCAUGUCAUCAGCCCAAGAAGCUUCGACUGUUUCUAUCUCAGAAAGCAACUCUGCCGUCUCGUGGUCGGCCAAUGGAAAUGUUGAAGACUCAGGAAUUAAUCUACAAAAUUUUGGCUUCGAUUCACCUUAUCAACAACUUGUAAAUGAGUUUGGUUUUCAGACUCCAACUAGCCAUGAAGUUGCUCAAGAUUUAUGUGAUUAUCCCCUAAAUUAGAAGUUAACUGUCUAACAUUUUACUAAUCAAUGCACAAUAUGGGCACUAUCUGUUUUGCCUUUAUGGA